AAACUCCACAUUGGCGCGCUAAAUCGCUUCCUAACAAUCAUUAGCUAGCUCUGUCGGCUAUAUAUACGUUAGAUUUCAGUUACGUCUUCAACAGAGCUCGUAGAAUUGCGUACGAUGAAGCUCACUUCACAGCUUCUAGUCUUUGUAACAUGUGUGGUGGUCAUUUUAGGCCAAAAAGUUUUGGAUGAACUUUUUGACUUUGACCAGUAUAAAAAUCUUAAAUUCUACGUUACUCAUCGAGGUGGUCUGAUUGUACCAGGGAAAGUAAUUCGAAGAAAAGAUGCUUCUUGCGUUACAACGUCGAUCGAGGAGAAUCGAGAGAAGGGCAACUUCACAUAUAUUGUGGAGUUAAUGGAGCAGAAUCAGGCAGCCCGUGUUACACAUCCUGCGUAUCCCCUGGAGGACGGUUUUGCUUUUGUCGCUCUAUCGGGGGACACUAUCACCGUCAAGGUGAUCGGCACGGAUUAUUCUAAUUAUUCUAUCGUCACAUACAACUUUGGAGAACGCAGCUAUCAUAUAGUAAUGGUGGCAAACUGGAUGGCAAACUCGAUUGUCCGCCAGAGAUUUUUCGAAAUUACCGGACGGGCCCUCGCUUCGCUUGAAGUUAUCGACAAUAGAGGUUGUCAAAGAACUUAGAAAAUUGUUAAAACCGAUUCGGUGUUAUAAAAAACAUUCAUUAGUAGGUUUGUUUUUUACUCGAGCUUUGUGCUUCGUUGUUCAUUUAAUUUAUGUACUACGUAUUUAAUUAUUUUCUAAAAUAUACUUGACAUUCUCUAAUAAUUGACACUUCCAGAGGCAAUCGUUUUAACGAUGAAAAACCUCUAAAAACCAAUGCGGAAAGCCUUUGGGUAUUUUUUGAGCCUUUCUCAGAGAUUACACAAACGAGCACAAUAUCACUAGGACAACAAUCCUACAAAAAUAUAACGGAAGCCUUUCAAUCUUCUUUUG